GACAGGCCCUUCCACGGCUUACGGCAGGGCUUCUGAGGGGAAGGACGAGGGGCGCUCAGCCUCUCCGAGGGAGGGCGGGGGGAGGUCUCCGGCGUCUUGCUUUUCUCCCCGGGCGUGUGAAGGAGCGCGGCAGGCAUGGCUGGUACUAUGAUAGUAGUUGGCCUGACAAUAGCUGCUGCUGGUUACGCAGGUCGUUAUGCACUGCAAGUAAUGAAGCAAAUGGAACCACAAGUAAAGCAAGCUCUGCAAGCUCUGCCAAAAACAGCCUUCAGUGGCUACUACAGAGGAGGAUUCGAAAGCAAAAUGAGCAAGCGGGAAGCUGCUUUAAUAUUAGGAGUGAGUCCUACAGCUAACAAAGGAAAAAUCAGAGAAGCUCACAGAAGAAUCAUGCUUUUGAAUCAUCCUGAUAAAGGUGGGUCUCCUUAUGUUGCAGCCAAAAUUAAUGAAGCUAAGGACUUACUGGAAGGUCAAGCUAAGAAAUGAAAACUCAUCACUGGCUUAACAAUUAUAUUUUCAAAAUAGCCCAAAGAAAAUUGAUAAAUGAAGCUGUGAUAUAUGCCAAAAGGAAAUUCUUGUUUCGAUGUAGGGCAUAUCCUUCUCUGUGGUUAUUUUUAGAAUUUAAUGUUAACCACAACUUCUGAUGCAGGAGAUGUGCAAGCUUUGUGCGGAACCAGUUAGUCAGAUAGUAAUAUCUGAAAUUCACACUGCUUUCAUUUUAGAUUAUAAAAUUAACAGGGAAAAUGUGAACAUCCAAGACUGCUGAAAACACCUGUGAGGCUUAACAAUAGUUUGAAAUAAUUUAUUUCUCAACUGAGAACAGCUGUAUUAUUUUAUCAUAGAAUUACGGUCUGGUAUUCUUAAAAAAUGAUUUCGGCUUUUUUAUUACUAUGGUUUCUGAGCAAUAAAAUUCUUACAGUAUUUCUUUAUAUGACUGUAUAAGAAAGAGUUGUUACAGAAUGGUCACUCUUGUAAGAUGGGCGUUACCUUCCUGCUGGUCAAACAGCCAUUCAUGAACGAGAACCAAGUUGGCAGUCUCCAACAUUCUAACAAAAUCUUCAAAAUAACAUAGUUUUAAACUCUAUGUACCAAAAAAAGCUUAGCUUUACUAAUAAUGGCUCCUGUCCUUGUGAAAAUUUGAAGAGGAUUAAAACAAAAAGGGAAAGAACUAGUCUUGAAGCUGUCAUGGAUUUUAAAAAUCCAAGUAUUAACUGUUGUUAUUGAAUAAUGUUCUUUCUCCUCUCUGCCUUAGAUGUAAGCUAGAUUUUGAGCUGGGCAGCGGCGGCGUGGGAAUUGAUUUUGUGGCUUCUAAAACAUGGUUGUUUGGUUUGUUUUCUGCAGCUUACAAAAUCAAGUUGCUCAACAUAUUUUUGGGAUUGUAUGCUUUUUUCCAAACUUUUUUUAUCGUGAAGGUGGAACUUUGGCCAAUUUGUUACCCAGCUAAGCCUGAGGUUGAAUGUACUUAAAGCAGGAAGCUCUAUAGGAUGCAUUUUGGGAUCCUAUGUUUGAGUGAGUAGCUGGGGAACUUUUCUGCGGGACUCUAGUGGGGAAGAUUAUGAAAUAUUAGGAGGUGGCAGAUUCAUCUGAUUAUACUAUUCUACCUUUCAGGCAGAAUUGAAGCCAUGCACACAGCAUCAACAGUCAUAAAUAUAAAUACAGGAUAUUAAAGUCUAAAAAUAAUAAAUUAUAGGUUCCUUCCCAAAGAGAAUUGGGAGGAAUAUGGGAAGUGAGGGAAACAGGCCAUCUGGAGCAACUUGGGGAAGGGUUUUGUACCAUGCUCCUGUCACUUGCAGGAUGGGUAUAGUGUUUGCCUGCCUACUGAAGAAUAGGAAGAAUUACAAUUACAGAAAAUGUGAACAAACUGUCUCCAGUAUUAGGAAGGUUGAAAGGAUUAGAUAACAAGUAGGAUAGUCCUGUGAAAGUGCACUGAGAACAGGGAGAAAGAAAUGGCAAGUAUUAGGAGAAUGGAAGAAUAUUACACAUAAGACCAAGAGAGUAAGGCACUGAACCAUAUAACCAAUACAGUCUCUACUAAUCUGGAGCUCCUGUAUAUCAGUGGCUACCCUCUAGUCCACAGAAGAUAAUCAGUUUCAUGUGUGAAAGAAAUUUAACCACAACUUUAGUAGAAAUAGAUGGGGAGAAGUCUGAGUCAAUGAAAAUAAAAUCACUCCAUCAAAGCAACUAUUUAUGCAAAGCCAUUGACAUGGUCUUGCAUUACAGGUAGUCUCCAGUUUAAGAACCGGUUCCGUUCCCAAGAUCUGUCCUUAAGUCAAAUUUCUAUG